ACGGCAUUAGGUUUUAGGAGGAGGACUAGGGUUUCAUAUUUCACCCUCUAUAAUAAGACUCUUAACGCCUCCUCUUUCUUUCUCUUCCUCUGCAAGAGCUAACCCAUCUAAACAAUUCCAAGAGCUUCACUCAGAGGCGCACAGAUCAGCCGCCAUGGUGAAGUACUCCAGAGAACCCGACAAUCCCACCAAAUCCUGCAAGGCCAGGGGUUCAGACCUUAGGGUUCAUUUCAAGAACACUAGAGAGACAGCAUUUGCCAUCAGGAAGUUGCCAUUGGUAAAGGCCAAGAGGUAUUUGGAGGAUGUUCUGGCCCACAAACAGGCCAUCCCCUUUAGACGCUUCUGUCGUGGUGUUGGACGUACUGCUCAGGCAAAGAACAGACACUCUAAUGGACAAGGACGCUGGCCUGUUAAGUCUGCUAAAUUCAUUCUAGAUUUGCUCAAGAAUGCAGAGAGUAAUGCUGAAGUGAAGGGUUUGGAUGUUGAUUCACUCUUCGUCUCUCACAUUCAAGUGAACCAAGCACAGAAGCAACGGCGUCGUACCUACCGUGCUCAUGGAAGAAUCAACCCCUACAUGUCGUCUCCUUGCCACAUUGAGCUGGUUUUGUCCGAGAAGGAAGAACCUGUGAAGAAAGAGCCCGAGUCCCAGUUGACAACUAGCAAAUCAAAGAAGUCUCAUGCUUUACGUAGUGGUGCUUCGUCUUGAGUGGCUGGUGUUGUAGAACUGAUAAUUGAAUGGCCAUCUCGAGUUUCUUGCUGCUGCCCUUUUGCCUGUCAAUGGGGAGUUUUGUUGCUUGUCGUAUAGAAUGAGCUGUUAUUUAGAUUAUUUGGACGGCUUGUUGUUUUUUUCAAACUAUAUUUAGUCUUUAAGUGAAAUUUUUCUUGAAGAUUUUGUGAUUGGAAGCCUAAGAAUGCAGGAGUUUAUAUA